UAUGUUAUGUAAUUUAUUUAUUCAGUGUGUGUGCAUCUGUUUUCUCAGUUUUCUCUCAGUCAAAAUGGCUGCUCGAAGCACAACAUCUUGCGACGGCAGACGCGUAAGCACCGUUUCUUUUCCGUUUCUUCUGAAAUACAGCGUCUUGUACUCGUUUGCUUUAAAUGCGGAUGCUGCCACUUCGUAAAGCGGUAUCGCGAGCCUGAUUUAUAUCCUCGCGUUGACGCCUGUGACUCGUUCAAAAUGUGUAGUGUUCAAACUGAAACCAUUUACCAAAGCUUGAGCAGCGAUGGCACCGACUACAGUGCCGGUGACAUCGAAACGACGCUUCACUGCGGCCAGGACAUGCACAGUUACUGCAAGGCGCCGCCGUCCUCCCAGCCAGACAUAGACGAACUAAAGCCGCCGCCAACGGUGCGUUCCGACAGCGAGACCGACACUGGCGAGGAAGAUCCAGGCGCAGCGCACAACUCCGAAGAAGACGAGUUGGUUUACUGCAUCUGUCGAACCAACGACACGAGCCGCUUUAUGAUUGGCUGCGACAACUGCAACGAGUGGUACCAUGGCGACUGCAUCAGCAUUACCGAGUCGUACGCCAAGAACAUCCUCAAGUUCUUCUGCCUCAUAUGUCGGGACCGCGAUCCAUCACUCGAAAUCAAGUUUAAGGAGCGCAAGGAGAAGUCGCACUCUCACAGCGAGCACAAGAAUCGCAGCAAGAGCAGGGACGACGACUACUGCUACUCCCCGACGAGGCACAAGGACAAGUCGCAUCGGUCCAAGAAAAAUAAGCGCCGCAAGUCGACGCGGCAGUGCGGUGAGUGUACCGCCUGUUACAUGACCGAAGACUGCGGCCGCUGCGAUUUCUGCAAGGACAUGCGCAAGUUCGGCGGUCCAAACAAGAUCCGCCAAAAGUGCCGUAAAAGACAGUGCCUCAACUUCGGCCUCAUUCUGGGCAAGAAGCCCAUCAUGUCCCCGAAACGCUCCAAGUCUCUCUACGACGACGACGACUACGACCCGGACCCGGACUUCGCCAACGAUGCUUCGGACCUGCCAAAUGACUACGUAGACGACGACUACGAGCCUGAGCUGUUCCAGCGCUUACCGAAGAAACCACGCCACAAGCGCAGUCCAACCAAAGGCGGCGAGCUCAAAACCCAAUCGAAGCGCGCGCGCAAAGAAGAACACAAGCGGGAACACCGAGGCGAGAAAGAAAAAAGUCGCAAGGACGACGACAUUCCGAGGCAGUGUUACGGCCCGGGCUGCACGGCUGCCGCUCGCUCGGGAUCCAAGUACUGCAGCGAUGACUGUGGCCUCAAGCUGGCCACUAACCGUAUCUAUGAACUAGUGCCGCACCGCAUUCAGCAGUGGCAAUCGAGUUCGUGCCACGCGGAUGAGACGAGUCGCAGGCAGCUCGAGCAGAUACGAAAACAGCAGCUCGACGCACGUAACACUCUUCAACUUCUCGAGGCCAGGCGAACCCAGCUCGAGGCGCUCAUCGAGCGAGCCAAGCAGACACCGCUCAUCGAAGACGAAGAGACAGCGGAUGACUACGAAGAGAGCGAGCUGAGCACCUAUUGUGUCACGUGCGGGCACGAGGUCAGUGCACGGUCUGCCAUGCGCCACAUGGAGAAGUGCUUCAACAAGUAUGAGAGCCAGAGCUCGUACGGGUCCAUCUACAAGACGCGCAUCGAGGGCGACAAUGUGUUCUGUGACUUUUACAACCCACACCAGAAGACCUACUGCAAACGUCUGCGCAUCCUCUGCCCCGAGCACUCCAAGGAGCCCAAAGUGAACGACGACGAGGUCUGCGGCUUUCCACUCGUCUCCAAUGUCUUCGACCACUCGGGAGACUUCUGCAACCUGCCGAAGAAGAGGUGUUCCAAGCACUAUUGCUGGGACAAGUUCCGCAGGGCAGAGAUCGACAUGGAGAUAGUGCGGCAGUGGCUCAGGCUGGAUGAGUUGUACGAGCAGGAACGCAGCACGUGCACCUCGAUGACCAGUCGAGGUGGCGUCCUAGGGCUCAUGCUUCAUCAGACUGUGUCGCAUGACAACAUCUACGAAAUGCCUCAACCCAUCCAGGCGUGACCCGUGGCAGUGGCUGAUAUUGCUAAACUACUGCAAGCUCUGGUUCCGUUUACUCUGUGCAGUUCUAUUUCUGGUUCACAAUACAAUACAACACCAAGACA